AUGUCUCCUCAUUCUCCUAUUAGAGUAGGCGAUACGGUCUUUUCCAAAAGUUAUGCUCUGGGUAUUGUGAGAACAGUGUUAACGGAAACAGAUGGCAAAACAGAAACAGUCAAAGUUGUCUGGGAUGAUAACUUAACAACUGUUGUCCAUGUUGAUAGUCUCAAAAAAGUACCAGAAGAAUCACCAUCCAGAAGAAGGUCAGUACCAAGGUCAACACCAAGGUCAAAGUCCAAAGCCAAUCCAGGGUUCCAUGAUGGUUAUAGGAAAGGGGCAGCAGGUCCUACGACGCCUCCAAGAUUAUUGCAUUCCUCCAUCGGAAUAGGUGACACGGUCAUGGAUAAACACGGUCAACAGGGAAAGGCAGUAGAGGAGGUGACAGUAACUCCUGAUGGUGACUCUACAAUCAAAGUUUCCUGGGAUGCUUACGAAAGGGCUGAUAUCGUCAAUGUCAACACUCUCCAAAAAGUACCAGGAGAAGCAUCAGCAAAAAAAAAAUCAGUGUUAAAAGCCAUUCAAGGGAUAGUUCACGGUUGUGGGAAGGGGACAGCAGGACCAGAUCCUAUUGCACCUAGAAUGUUACUGGGUUCAUUUGACAAACAAAGUGACCUUGAGGAACAACCAGCAAGAAAGAAAGUCAAGAAGAUGGAUGAAGAUCCAGCGUUGGCAAGGUAUCAAAAACUUAAUAAAAACGUAUUCUGGAACAAGGAGCCUUUCAAGGGCACACAGGUAGCAAAGAUGUUUGAGGGAAGGGAAUGGCAUGAAGGAUAUGUAAGAUGCAGUUGGGUAGAAGAGAACGGCAGAAAGAAACAGUACAGUCUGAUAUACACAGAUGGCGACAGGGAGGAUGUUGAUCUAGAUGAGCUCAAAAGGCUUGUUGCAAAUUUCAAUAGAAGGAAAGAGGUCAUUUGCAUUGACAUUGAUGACAACAAUGUCAAGGAUGUGGUACUACCAGCUCCGGAGUGCCAUGCGCAGGAAUCAUCAAAUCCAAACUCACAGCUAUCAAGCCCUAGCGCCAAUGAUGAUGAUGCAACUACUACUGCAGUUAACACUGAUACGCACUGUGGCAGCAACCGUUUUGAUAAUGCUAGUGGUCACAGGGAUGACAAAGAUGAGCAAUCCGAUGACGAUAGUGUGCUUCAAGCAGCUCUGCAGCAGGAACAGGAUUCAUCAUAUCAACACUCACAGCUAUCAAACCUUAACGCCCACAAUGACGAUUUUAAUAAUGGUGCUGACAAAGAUGUGCAAUCGGAGGAUGAUAGUUUGCUUCAAGCAGCUCUUCAGCAGGAGCCAGAUGAUGCUACUGAUAAUACUGAUGGUCACAGGGCCGACGAAGAUGCGCAAUCGGAGGAGGAUAGUGUGCUUCAAGCAGCUCUUGAGCAGGAGUCAGAUGAUGCUACAACUACUUCAGUUUACACUAACAAUCAUCAUGCUAGAGAUCAUCUUGAUAAUACUGGUGGUCACAGGGCUGACGAAGCUGUGCCAUCAGACGACAGUGUGGUUCAAGCUGCUCUGCAGCAUCAGCAAGGGCAGGAGGAAGAGCAAGAUCCAGAGCCAUCCGACGCUAGUUCAAUAUCAAAUGUUAGUGCUGAUCACCUUGAUGCACCAGAUGACUUCAUCGAUAAUGAUGAAGAUGAAGAUUUACAGGAGAUCAAGAGACAUCAUGAGUUGUUAACUCGUCUCUUUAAGCAUUUGGAUUUGGAUCAAUACCUUGAAUGUGAAGGUCCGGCCCCAGAGGCAUUGAAAGUUGGAGUUGACGCUGAUUCUGUUGGCAUUCUCACUGAAGAUCUUUCAGAAGUAAAUUGUUUCAAUGUAACUGGUCUUGAGUUUAAACAUGCAAAAACAGGAAAGCGUCCCUAUAAGGUCCGGGCCUCAGUGGCAAGAUCACGGGACUUCCACCCGACCAAGAAGAAUCAAGAUCCCAUGAAAAAACCAACUACCUUGGAUAGGUUCCCUUCUUUCACUGUUGGACAUUUGAACUUUGGAGACUUGAAAGUAUAUUUGUCAAUUCAUGUGCUGCAUCAAGGAAUGGUGGACAGACGCUGUGACCAAGCAAUUGUUGACACUUGGAAUGCUGUGAAUGACUGGGCGCUUCGGAAGAGUACAUUUGAAAAAAUUAUGGAACUGCAGGAGAACUGGAAGUUUUACAGUACCAGACAGAGUCGAGGCUCCUUUAAGGAGACUGUUGAGACAUAUCUCCGUGCCAUUCAGGGCAUGCGUGCGUUAGGGACUGUUGGAGGGGAAAGCAAGAAGAUUGUGUUCCGUGGCCAAUUUGUCCCAUUGCUACAUAUCAAUCUGAUUAGGUACAAACUUCAAAGUCUGUCUGAAACAAGAACUUCUGACCUGAAGGGUGCUGACAACAAAUCAGCUUUUUUGCUCUGUUGGAAUUCUAUAUACCUUUUGCAGAAUGCUGGAUUUAAGGCCACUUGGAGGGAGUGUCUGCAACCCAACCCAGGUACCACUUUCAAUGAAUGUAGAUUCUGCCCACAGCAAGAUCCAUCGCGGUACAACAAAUGGAUGAGAGGACAGGUACGGAAAACCUAUGAAGAAGCCAGAAAAGUGUUUGUCAAUGAUGAAGUUGGAAUACAAUUUGAGACUUGA